UGGUGAUGCUGGUGAACGGUUGGGUAAUUGCGAGUGGUUCGCCUGUUGCGAUGUUGCAGCACGCCACCUCCUCGCAAAGCAUUGUUUUUCACCCGUUGCAGGCGGCACCAAUCGCUCCGAUCACAACCCCAGUACCAGUGGUUCCAAGCAGCAGUGCCAGUCAUGCAAAGUACGAAUACAAGUAUGAGGUGUCGGACCACCAGACUGGUGAUAGGAAGAGUCAUUGGGAAAGCCGCGACGGGGACAAAGUAAGAGGUGUUUACACUCUGUAUGAACCAGACGGCGCUCUCCGGACUGUGGAGUAUACUGCCGACGCUUUGCAUGGGUUCAAUGCAGUGGUGAAAAGGAGUGAACCGAAUCAGCACUCUCAUCUAGGUGCUGGGUACAAACACGAUUCUCCAGCCACUAGUAGCUACACCUCUUACGCUGAUCCCAGUCCAGGGUACACCUCAGAUAGAGGCGUAUUUCCAGGACAAAGUAGUGCUGCAAGACGUCCAGGGAAAGCCAGCGGUCACAACUCUGGAGUUGACUUUAGCGUAGUACAUGGACAUAACCCAGACAAAUCUUAUUGAUUGUACGAAAACCAACCAUAAUGUAAUGAAAAUAAAGUCUUUUUCUGAGAAAUGGUUUAGAAAUAAGGUUGAUAAAAUUAAAGAUGAUAUUUUUGU